CGUUCCUUUUUGUUAUCUACACAUCAUUUUCUCUCUCUAAACUUAUAUAGUAGUAGUAGUAGUUGCUUCUCUUGCGUUUUGUAGGUUACGGCGGUGGCUGGUGGAAGAAGGGCGAAAAUCGGUGUACCGGCGGUGGUUUUGAGUUGCUACCAUGGUGCGGAAGAGGAGAACUGAUGUUCCUGGUGAUGCUGAGAGCUCCGAGUCCCAUGAAACUGGAGGGGGACGAGGUGGUGUCCAACGCCCAUCACAACAGCAGCAGCAAGGUGGAGGUAGAGGUUCGGGACCUCAGCGUGGAGGAUAUGGUGGCCGUGGUGGUGGGGGAGCUCCACGUGGUGGAAUGGCUCCUCAACAGUCCUAUGGGGGACCCCCUGAGUACUAUCAACAGGGCAGAGGACCCCAGCAGUAUCAACGAGGGGGAGGACAACCCCAGCGUCGUGGUGGUAUAGGGGGCCGUGGGGCACCUUCUGGUGGCUCUUCUAGGCCACCAGUUCCCGAGCUGCACCAAGCAACUGAGACUCCACAUCAGCCCGUACCAUAUGGAAGACCAGCAGAAACAUACUCAGAGGCUGGCUCCUCAUCUCAGCCACCUGAACCAAUGACACAUCAAGUUACUCAGCAGUUCCAGCAACUUGCUGUGCAACCAGAAGCAGGUGCACCCCAAGCAAUACCACCUGUAUCUAGCAAGUCAAUGAGGUUUCCACUUCGGCCUGGAAAGGGUAGUAAUGGCACUAGAUGCAUUGUUAAAGCCAAUCACUUCUUUGCCGAGUUACCUGACAAAGACUUGCACCAGUAUGAUGUUUCAAUUACCCCAGAAGUAGCUUCCCGAGGUGUCAACCGCGCUGUCAUGGAGCAGCUGGUAAAGCUUUACAGAGAGUCCCAUCUUGGGAAGAGGCUUCCAGCCUAUGACGGAAGAAAAAGUCUGUACACCGCAGGGCCCCUCCCUUUUGUUCAAAAAGAUUUUAAAAUCACACUUCUUGAUGAUGAUGAUGGACCUGGUGGUGCUAGGCGAGAAAGGGAGUUUAAAGUUGUGAUCAAACUGGCUGCUCGUGCUGAUCUUCAUCACUUAGGGAUGUUCUUACAAGGGAGGCAGGCUGAUGCACCCCAGGAGGCCCUACAGGUUCUGGAUAUUGUUCUGCGUGAGUUGCCAACAAGUAGGUAUUGUCCUGUGGGCCGUUCUUUCUAUUCCCCUGAUUUAGGACGAAGACAACCACUAGGUGAAGGUUUAGAGAGCUGGCGUGGCUUCUAUCAAAGUAUUCGUCCUACACAGAUGGGAUUAUCCUUGAAUAUUGAUAUGUCUUCCACAGCAUUCAUUGAGCCACUGCCGGUCAUUGAAUUUGUGAGCCAGCUUCUGAAUCGGGAUAUCUCUUCUAGACCAUUGUCUGAUGCUGAUCGGGUUAAGAUAAAGAAGGCCCUGAGAGGUGUAAAGGUGGAGGUCACUCAUCGUGGGAAUAUGAGGAGGAAGUACCGCAUAUCUGGUUUGACAUCUCAAGCAACAAGAGAGUUGACUUUCCCUGUUGAUGAAAGAGGUACAAUGAAAGCUGUUGUGGAGUACUUUCGAGAAACCUAUGGUUUUGUUAUUCAGCAUACUCAGUUGCCUUGUCUUCAAGUUGGAAAUACACAAAGGCCAAAUUAUUUGCCUAUGGAGGUCUGCAAGAUUGUGGAGGGGCAGAGGUACUCCAAGCGCUUGAAUGAGAGGCAGAUAACAGCACUUCUGAAAGUGACCUGCCAGCGUCCUCAAGAGAGAGAGAAUGACAUUCUUCAGACUGUUCGUCACAAUGCUUAUGCUGAUGACCCAUAUGCGAGGGAAUUUGGUAUUAAGAUUAGCGAGAAGCUUGCUCAAGUUGAGGCUCGCAUUUUGCCUGCACCUUGGCUUAAAUAUCAUGAUACAGGUCGAGAAAAAGACUGUCUGCCACAAGUGGGCCAGUGGAAUAUGAUGAAUAAGAAAAUGGUUAAUGGAGGAACAGUGAACAACUGGAUCUGUAUAAACUUUUCUCGCAAUGUGCAAGACAGUGUUGCGCGGGGAUUCUGUUCUGAGCUUGCACAAAUGUGCAUGAUAUCGGGCAUGAUCUUCAACCCCAAUCCUGUUCUACCACCAGUGAGUGCUCGCCCUGAUCAAGUUGAGAGGGUCUUGAAAACUCGAUUUCAUGAUGCUAUGACGAAGUUGCAGCCGAAUGGGAGGGAGCUCGAUCUGUUGGUCGUCAUAUUGCCCGACAAUAAUGGCUCCCUUUAUGGUGAUCUAAAACGGAUUUGUGAAACUGAUCUUGGCAUUGUCUCGCAAUGCUGCUUGACAAAACAUGUGUUUAAGAUGAGCAAGCAGUAUUUAGCCAAUGUGUCCCUUAAGAUUAAUGUGAAAGUUGGAGGAAGAAACACCGUGCUUGUUGAUGCGAUCUCUAGGCGAAUUCCCCUUGUCAGCGACCGCCCAACUAUUAUUUUUGGUGCAGAUGUCACCCAUCCCCACCCUGGGGAGGAUUCUAGCCCGUCCAUUGCUGCGGUGGUUGCUUCUCAAGAUUGGCCUGAGAUUACUAAGUAUGCUGGUCUGGUUUCUGCUCAAGCUCAUAGGCAGGAGCUUAUACAAGAUCUGUACAAGACUUGGCAAGAUCCAACUAGAGGAACUGUGACUGGUGGCAUGAUAAAGGAAUUGCUUAUUUCUUUCCGUCGAGCAACUGGACAGAAGCCUCAGAGAAUAAUUUUCUACCGAGAUGGUGUUAGUGAGGGACAGUUUUAUCAAGUGCUUCUUUUUGAACUUGAUGCAAUCCGCAAGGCCUGUGCAUCUUUAGAACCUAACUAUCAGCCCCCAGUUACGUUUGUCGUGGUUCAAAAGCGUCACCACACAAGGUUGUUUGCCAACAACCACCGUGAUAGAAAUGCUGUUGAUCGGAGUGGGAACAUUUUGCCUGGUACUGUGGUUGAUUCAAAGAUCUGCCACCCUACUGAGUUUGAUUUCUAUCUCUGUAGCCAUGCCGGCAUACAGGGUACUAGCCGGCCAGCACAUUAUCAUGUCUUGUGGGAUGAGAACAAUUUCUCUGCUGAUGGGCUGCAGUCUUUGACCAACAACCUUUGUUAUACAUAUGCUAGGUGUACUCGUUCCGUCUCCAUUGUUCCUCCAGCCUAUUAUGCACAUUUGGCAGCUUUCCGUGCUCGUUUUUACAUGGAACCAGAGACAUCUGAUAGUGAAUCUGUCACGAGUGGAGCUGCUCCGUACAGAGGUGGUGUAGGAGCUGUUGGAAGGAGCACACGAGCACCAGGUGUCGGUGCUGCUGUAAGGCCCCUUCCUGCUCUCAAGGAGAAUGUCAAAAGGGUGAUGUUCUAUUGUUAGAAGUCCUCUCUAACCAGGCUAUAUGAUAUGGGCAUUGAUUGACAUGCUGGUAGUAAUGUCUUUUCAAAUUAUAUUUGUGAUUUAUCACCACCUUGGCUUUGACCUUGAUGUUCAUUUAAAUUUCAGUUGUGAGUUUAACAGUAGUUUAUUCGCAAGUGAUGUUUGUGGAAUUGUGGCAUUGAACAAUUGUUAUUGAAGAGCAUGGCUAGUUAUUUAAGUGCCUAUUAUUUUC